ACUUAUAUCUUUCUUUACCAUCUUUUUCUAAAAGCAACCAAACAAUCCAUGAUGUCAAAAAUUAUUUUGAAUAAAAUCCCUUCAAUUCAGUUGCCAAGUGGGUAGGGUCUUUAUUACAUCAACCAACAUCACGGUCCAGUCAUAUCACAAUAGUAUGUAUAUCAAGAUUCACAUCCUACUUUUAAUCCCUUUAAAUACUACAUACUUAGAAUACAAAUGGACUGAUCAAACCAAGCAAGCUAAGCUUCCUCUAAUAGCUCAAACUCAAACCAUUCUCUCUUCACCUAGUGCUAGUGCUAGUCUUUUCAACAAAACACAAACCUUAGUAAUCAUCAUUCAACAUGCAGAUCUCACUUCUUCAUGAGCUAGUUUCUGGAACUCCAAUCAUAUUUGAUCAGUUCCAAAAUUCCGUUAACAGAUACUUACUUGAUUCUACCUCUCAUCAAUGUCAAUAUCCAUCCAAACAUCAAAGCAAAAGUUUAACAAAUUCGAACAAGAAAAGGCUUGCUAGAAAGGCUGAUAGUCUCUCACAAAAAGUCCAAGAACAUGUAAGACUUAGAGCAAACAUUUCUGAAACAAUUAAGAGAAAAUUGAGCUUAGGGGCUCAAAUUCUUCAAGUGGGUGGAGUGGAGAAAGUGUUUAUGCGGUAUUUUAGUGUGAGUGAGGACGAGAGCCUGUUGAAAAUUUCGCAGUGUUAUCUAUCCACCACAUCUGGCCCUCUAGCCGGUCUCCUCUUCAUCUCCAAUGAGAAGGUUGCCUUUUGCAGUGACAGAUCAAUAAAAGUCUUUAAUCAGAAAGGUCAAAUGCGUAGGAUCCGCUAUAAGGUUACCAUUCCACUAAAGAACAUCAAGUGUGUGAAUCAAAGUCAAAAUGUUGAGAAGCCAACACAAAAGUACAUAAACAUCGUCACAGUGGACAAUUUUGAUUUCUGGUUUAUGGGUGUCUUUAAUUAUCAUAAAACAUUCAACUAUCUCGAGAAAGCAAUUUCUCAAGCUUAGAUGAAUAUCAAAAGUCCACCAUAUGUGCAUAAUAUAAAUAGUUGGACUGGAAUGAAGCUUCAUGUUGCGAGGACAAACAUUAUAAGACUGAACUUAAAUGAGAUGAUAAAUAUUAUAGUUGCAGAUAUUGGGCACUGUCUUUGAUAAGAAGGACUUCAUCGACAGUAUUGAUCAUCCUCAAGCACAAAACAUGCUGAAUUUUACCUUUCCACACAAGAUUGACCAAUUAUGACAGAUGCACAUGAUUCAUUUCAUUCAUAUAUAUCGGCUCGAAUGCAGAAAUGCCUGUCAACAUAUUGUUGAUAAAGUUGUGGAUAAACGAGAUCAUUUGACGCGUGCUUUGUUGCAUGAAAGGAGGUUAUUUUUAUGGUAGAAAACAAGAUGGAAGGAGAAGUAAAUAGAAAGAAUGAAGUUUCAAGUUCAAUUACUUAACGGGUUUACUACGUGCAAGUGUUCAGUAACUUUUGAAUUGUAUUCCGACCAUUCAAAUCUUCAAUAUAAUCUGUUUAUAAUUAUUCAUUUAAAUCUUUUUCAA